UAUUGGCGCAUGCCACGAGUGUUCAAGUACGACGAUUAUGAUGUCUGCCUCAACGAUGAUCCGGCCAUCGCGUCAGUGUACUGCGUGGUGAAGGCAGUCAUCCAACCGGAUAACUCGUCAGCCGUGUGGAAUCUGAUCGAACGGAUGUCGGAAAAUUGGAAGCUGCAGCUGAACCAUGCCCAUCUGGAUCGGGGCUUUUGUGUCCGCGAUUGUGAACGACGUCUACGUGAGGUGGCCGGUCGGUUGAAUGAUAGCGGAUUGCUCGUGCCAAAGUUCGAGACUGGCUUCCGGUAUACAUUCCUGCCGGGAACGUUCAGAGACACCGACGAAUACCGGCGAAAUUAUUCCGAGCUCUUAGAAAGGUGCGUUAACGUUGAGCUAACCGAGGAAUUCGGGCUCAAGGCGCAAACCGCGAUAGAGUACUGCGAUAGUAACACGAAAUCCUACCCAAUUGAUUGGUUGGAGAUAACGUUCAUUGUCGUGUCGUUGGUGAUCGCGGGCAUCGUGUUUGUCUCGAGCUGGUACGAUUUCCGAUGUAAAACGACACACGGUCUAGAUCAUUACAAGCAGGAUUUGCCGUCACCGGACCAGAUGUACCUGGUGUCCUUUUCGAUCAUUCGCAACUGGUACCGGAUCACCUCGCGUGGGGACGAUCAACUGAGCCACGAUCUUCGCUACAUCCACACCAUCCGAAUGCUCGUCUUCAUGGGCGUUACGUUGGGCCAUGUCGUGUUCUACGCUCAGCCAAGGACCGCACUCACCAUCGAGAAUCGUUUCAACGACUUCGCGACGAUGAUCGUUAUCAACGGCACGCAGAUUGUGACGACAUUCUUCGCCAUCAGCGCCAUGUUGCUUGUGCUGUUUUUCAUGCAGAAAGUGGAGGAGACAAAGAAGAAAGUCGGCAUCGUCGAGAUAGUCAUCAUUUCCGCUGCCCGCUACAUCCGGCUUACACCGGUGUACGCGUUCGUAAUGCUUUUUGAAGCCACCUGGGUGGUGCGGCUGGGUGAUGGUCCACUGUGGCAGAAGGGAUUCGAGACGGGUCGUACGUACUGUCGCGAGAACUGGUGGGCAAAUUUGCUCUACAUUAACAACUACUACAAUGUCGACGAACCGUGCAUGCUCCACACGUGGUACUUGGCGGCCGAUUUCCAUCUGUUCGUGUACGGACUGGUCCUGUGUGCCUUGAUAGCCCGGUUUCCCAAGAUCCGGAACCUGCUUAUUGGAACAAUGCUGCUGCUGACUUACACCCUCACUGCUGCCAUUAUCUACGUGAAGGAAUACGACGCCAUUCCGAUAUUUGCACCAGAGCAAAUCCGGUACUUCUUCUGGUACUGGGGAGUGUACAAGGACGCCUACGUUCCGACGCACAUGUACCUGGUCAACUACACGUUCGCGAUUGGAUGCUCGUUCUUCUACAUGCACCUGGCCAAGACACGUUCCGACUAUCAUUGGCUCGUCAAGGCCGCCUGGUUCGGAAGCCUCCUGAUGAUACCGACUCUGUUCGCCACAGGCUACAUCUUCUACCACUACCGUUUUGCGACACCUUCGCUCUGGAUGGCGCUUCUGUUCCCUCUUGUGCGGUUGUUCUAUAGUGCCAUCAUCUUUUUCAUCGGUGUGGGACUGUCGUUCCGGUUCUUGAAGCUACUGACACGACUGGCCGAUAUUCCGUUUCUCACGAUCGUCGGCAGACUUACGUACAGUGCGUAUCUGUGCCACCUGUUCUUGAUCAAGAUGUCGCUGUUUAACACGCGUAGCUUUUUCCGAUACGGUCUUAUCGAUAUAGGUGCCAUAUGGGCUGCAUCCUUUAUGUUGUCCUACCUAGUGGCAUGGCUACUCUGUCUAGUCCUUGAGUCUCCAUUCAUUGCCCUGCAAAGGCAGCUUUUCAAGAGCCAGACGCGAUCCUCGAAUACGAUGGAGCACUCGUCGAGCGAAACGGAACACGGCACGGACACCAGCUAUUGUGAGCAUCCUGACGAGAAGCAAUCCCGACCGAGCGUGGUUUUCAGUCAACGAUUUUAG